CCUGCCCCCACGCCCGCCCUGCGGCUGCUGCGGCGGCCCCGGCUCCUCUCGCCGCCUGCCCCCCGGACCUGCUGCCCGGACCGACCCCGCUACCUGCGCGGCCGCGGGAGGAGCCUUUUCCCUCACCCUGGGAGGAUGGAGGUCCUGCAGCUCCUGCGUCUGCUCCUCACCACCGCCAUGCUGGGCCUCUCCCAGACAGUGAACCCCUUCAUGGCCCAACAGACUCCACCAGACCCUUGCUAUGAUGAGAGCGGUGCUCCUCGCCGCUGCAUCCCUGAAUUUGUCAACGCUGCCUUUGGGAAAGAGGUUCAAGCCUCUAGCACAUGUGGGAAGCCCCCGACACGGCACUGCAAUGCCUCAGACCCCCGCCGAGCCCACCCACCCGCCUAUCUGACUGACCUCAACACUGCAUCCAACAUGACAUGCUGGCGCUCAGAGACCCUCCACCACUCGCCCCAGAAUGUCACCCUCACCCUUUCCCUCGGCAAGAAGUUUGAGGUGGUCUAUGUCAGCCUCCAGUUCUGCUCGCCCCGUCCCGAGUCAACUGCCAUCCUGAAGUCCAUGGACUAUGGCAAGACCUGGGUGCCAUACCAGUACUACUCCUCCCAGUGCCGUAAGAUCUACGGCAAGCCCAGCAAAGCCACUGUCACCAAGCAGAAUGAGCAAGAGGCUCUCUGCACUGAUGGCCUCACUGACCUCUACCCCCUCACUGGUGGGCUCAUUGCCUUCAGCACUCUUGAUGGGCGACCCUCUGCCCAGGACUUUGACAGCAGCCCCGUGCUCCAGGACUGGGUGACGGCCACCGACAUCCGUGUGGUCUUCAGCCGCCCACAUCUUUUCCGUGACCUGGGCAGCCGGGAUGCUGGUGAGGAGGAGGGAGGUACUGGCUCGACCCCCUAUUACUAUGCAGUGGGGGAGCUGCAGGUUGGUGGGCGUUGCAAGUGCAAUGGACAUGCAGCACGCUGCGUGAAGGACAAGGAGCAGAAGCUGGUGUGUGACUGCAAGCACAACACUGAGGGUCCCGAGUGUGACCGCUGCAAGCCCUUCCACUAUGACCGGCCCUGGCAGCGGGCGAGCGCCCGGGAGGCCAACGAGUGUCUGGCCUGCAACUGCAACCUGCAUGCCCGACGCUGCCGCUUCAACAUGGAGCUGUACAAGCUCUCGGGCAGGAAGAGCGGCGGUGUCUGCCUCAACUGCCGGCACAACACAGCGGGGCGGCACUGCCACUACUGCAAGGAGGGCUUCUACCGGGACCUCAGCAAGUCCAUCACAGACCGUAAGGCCUGCAAAGCUUGUGACUGCCAUCCUGUUGGUGCAGCCGGCAAGACUUGCAACCAGACAACGGGGCAGUGCCCAUGCAAGGAUGGUGUGACCGGCCUCACCUGCAACCGCUGUGCCAAGGGCUACCAGCAGAGCCGCUCGCCAGUGGCCCCCUGCAUCAAGAUCCCUGCCAUCAACCCCACCUCCCUGGUCACCAGCACAGAGGCACCCGCAGAUUGUGACUCCUACUGCAAGCCAGCCAAGGGCAACUACAAGAUUAACAUGAAGAAGUACUGCAAGAAGGACUAUGUGGUCCAGGUGAACAUCCUGGAAAUGGAGACGGUGGCCAACUGGGCCAAGUUUACCAUCAACAUCCUCUCUGUCUACAAGUGCCGCGAUGAGCGGGUCAAGCGCGGCGACAACUUCUUGUGGAUCCACCUGAAAGACCUGUCCUGCAAAUGCCCCAAGAUUCAGAUCAGCAAGAAGUACUUGGUCAUGGGGAUCAGCGAAAACUCCACUGACCGGCCAGGACUGAUGGCCGACAAGAACAGCCUGGUCAUCCAGUGGCGGGAUGCCUGGACACGCCGCCUUCGGAAACUGCAGCGGCGGGAGAAGAAGGGGAAGUGCGUGAAGCCCUGAGGGGUUUCCACACGUCCCAUCCCACCCCGUGCUCAGCCCCAGCCCGGCUGUGCGCUGCCAGACUGCGCCCAGAGACUCUGUACAUAUAUAUAGUGUGAACGGACUCUUCUGUCUAUAGUGUAUAUUUUGGCAAUGGUUUCCCUUUGUGUGUGCGUGUGCACGUGUGGGUGUGCGUGUGGGUUUUUUUCUCUAAGUGUGUAUUAAAAAUAACACAGUAAUGACAAACCUUUAAUGGGGAGCAAAGUGGAGCAAGAUCCCAUGGGUGCCUGUCACUUGAAGGAGCUCAAAAGGGAUUGGUGUCCUGCUCCGGGCAUUUCUAGGCUUUUCUUUUCCCUUUAACAGUCUUCUGCCCGGUGUGGCGUUGACACCUGAGUUGACAGUUCUCCUUUCUCCAGUGUCCAGGGCCUUCCUCUUCCUCGCUCUCUGAAAACAUUCUGCUGUCUCAGACCUCUGUCUGCCCUUCUCCUUGCCCAGUAGGAACAGGAGCUCAGAGUCUUCUGUCCUUCAUGCCAAUGUGCAACGGGCAGGCUGAGUAGAAACCAGCCAGCGCUGGUUGUAGAAUCCAACGCUGCAGAGGGACCGGCCCCAGGAGCUCUGCCAGGAAGAACAAAUGAACUUUUGCAAGGCCUGAUACUCUGGUGACCUCAGGUUCACAUAAACCAGUGCUGCUGCUGGGGCAGGGCCCAUGCGAUGCUGCAGUGCCACGGGGAGGAGUCAGGCCAUGGCAGUGGGUUGGUGGCCACUACCAGGCUCUGUGCCCACCAGGUAGAAAGGAACACACUUUGCAACCCCCUGGCCAUUACCUAUCCUGGUGCAUAGUCCAGGAGACCCAGCGGGAAAGACCUGGAGACACCCAUUUUCCCCUCCCAUGUCCACCAAGGCUGUAGCCUGCCCCACCAGCAGGACCUGGGGUGGAGUGAAGAGGCUGACUGGAGCCAUCGUCUAUCAUCAUCCAUUCACCCAGGUCUAUGCCCCUAUAUUCUCAGCUGCUACCAACUGACAGAAUUCCACCUGUUUCUGUUGAGCUGACGCCAAGUGACCAUCUGCCUUGGUGUGCAUCCUUCAGAGCUGGCCUGACUGCAUGCUCUCCUUGGGAAGUAUUGCUGUGGCCGAGAUUGUCCAAGGAGGUGCACAAGGCAGAGGUGGCAGGAAGAGAGAAGAGCUUUCAUUGACCCACCUCUAGUCUUUUAUAUCUUCUUCACCGUGUGUUAGUCUCCAGUUCAAACAGACAUCAGUAUCUUCCCAUGUUGAGAUUGUAGCAGUCCUGGCAUAAUAAAUAUGAUUAGAAAUAAUAGGUGCUCUGACAAUAGAUAUUCCUUUCCCUACAAACCUUGCCUUGCUUGUUGACUGGCUCAGCAAGGUAUUGUAACCUACAUCACAGUCUUCCAGUGCUUUAGGAUGAUGCUUUGCCCUUUUGAGCCCACAGCAGUUUGCAUGG